AGGAACGUAGUUCUACGUCAAAACACAUGACCUCCCUAUAACCAGUAGACGUCAAAUGAUUUUUGCGUUACGCCCUUUAGACACAAAGAGAGGAUAUUCAAAAACAAAAAGCCGGCUGCUAUCGAUGUUAUCGCUUGUUAUUAUUUACAUUUUACUAUCUACGCUAGCAGCUAGUGCUAUCAAUGAUUCUAUCGCCACUGAGGAGAGUGGAAAAUAUACUCUAUUCUAGUUCUUUGAAAACACAACAGUGCCAUAGUGCCGGCGGAAACUUUCUCUUACCACUUAGAACCAAUUUCUUGCCAUCACCACUCAAAGCAAUGUCAACCGAGGCACCCCAGCAGUACCAGUCGGGCACGCAUUCAAUUGCGUACGUGACAACCCCGAACGAAAACUCCGCCAAGCAGCUGGCCCGAAAAAUAGUGGAACGCAAACUGGCCGCCUGCGUAAAUGUUAUACCGGGACUGACUUCAAUCUACGAAUGGGAGGGCAAAAUCCAGGAGGAUCAGGAAUACUUGCUGAUGAUCAAAACGCGCACCACCCGCGUUGACGAACUGUCCAAAUUUGUCCGAGAGAACCACCCGUACAGUGUGGCCGAGGUUAUCUCGGUGACGAUCGAGAACGGCAACCCACCCUACCUGGAUUGGUUGAGCAAAACGGUUCCCGAGAAACAAUGAACACGAAACAAGGCACAUGAAUGUUGCUUGUUUAUUAUUUAUUUAAAAAAAAACAGUUAAAAAUUGUAAAUUGUAGCUUUUGUUAUUCUGGGGGAAAAAUACUUAUCAAUCGUUUUCUGUUGACUACCACAUUAAAUUAGCAUCGAAGCUUGGAAAA